CAAAGUCCAACAACAAGAGGGCUCGGCAUAUCAAACGAAGACUCUCGACUCCGAGAUCGGAACCAGGAAAAAGCCCUCGCCCGGCCUCUCUCUCUCUCCUCUCCCCGGAAAUCUCCUCUCUCUCUCUCUCUAUUCUCUCUCGAACGACAUGAUCCGCUUCAUAUUGCUGCAGAAUCGGCAGGGCAAGACGCGCCUGGCCAAGUACUAUGUCCCCCUGGAGGAUUCCGAGAAGCACAAGGUCGAAUACGAGGUCCACCGGUUGGUGGUCAACAGGGAUCCGAAGUUCACCAAUUUCGUUGAGUUCCGUACGCACAAAGUUAUCUACAGAAGAUAUGCAGGACUCUUCUUUUCAAUGUGUGUUGAUAUCACUGACAACGAGUUAGCAUACUUGGAGUGCAUCCAUUUAUUUGUGGAGAUAUUGGAUCAUUUUUUCAGCAACGUGUGUGAACUAGAUUUGGUCUUUAAUUUUCACAAGGUUUAUCUCAUAUUGGAUGAAUUCAUUCUUGCUGGGGAGCUUCAAGAAACAAGCAAGAAGGCGAUUAUUGAGAGGAUGGGGGAGUUGGAAAAGCAAGAAUGAAAACCAGGUAAAUAGAAGACUGGGAAUCCAUACUGGACUUGUUAUUGGUGUCAAUCAACUGUAUCUUCCAGUCCAAUUUUGGAGCUGGUUACAGCAUUAUUGCAUCUGAGAGGAUUGGAAGGAAAACAAAACAAAACAAAAAAAAGAGAUGUGUUAUUUGUUCGACCGUUGUUGACUAGCAUACCCUGUCUCAGUUGCAGGCCUGCAUGCAUGCUCCAUCAUGCAUGUGCUAUUUGUCAUGUUUUUUUUUGCGCCCUAUGUAUGUCAUCUUUUUUUUCACAUGAAUUUGGAUUAGGCUAUAUGGAUGUUUAAUUUGCUGAUCAGAUCUAUAUUCAGUUCAUACAUUAACGAGAUUGUUAAAAGAAUAUUAGAGCUUAAGAA